AUGUGCGAAUUCAGCGCCAAUUGUGCCAAGGAAUUAACCAACUUUAAGCCGCAGGAUAUUGCAUCUGAGCUGGUGCUCGAUAUGGCCAUGCGGCAGGAGAUGCUGCAGUUGAUAGUCGCGCAGGCUCAGGGCAGUUCAGGACCAGAGAAGGGCCGGUUGAGGGUAGUUGUGUUGCUGCAGGUGCUGGUGAUGACGCCACAGCGGGUCGGCAGGGUGGUUUGGGCCGGCGGCAUUGAGGCGCUGGUGGACGCUAUCUACGCACCCAAGGAGAAAGAAGUGGCAAUGCAGGCAGCCACCAUGCUGCUCGGGCUGCUGGACACAUCGGACACGGCAGUGUCCAAGCAGCACAUGCGGCAGGCAGCCGGCUGCGGGUUUCUUGAGGUGCUCAGUGAGGCACUUCUGCAGCCAGCCAAUGGCUCGGCUUGA